AUGCCUUUUGGAUUAAAAGUACCUUCCAAGAACACACUGAUUUUCAGUGGUGUUGCAGGUGGCAUUGCUGGUCUUGUCUAUUCUAGUAAUAAAUAUGCCCAAGAUGCCAGAACAAGACUUUCUCAACGAGUUUCUUUCCUCGCUGACAGACCUUGUGGUGUCCAUGAAAUGCCUCGUAAAGUCACAGUGUAUAUUACUGCACCACCUGGUGAUGGACUUGAAAAGAGUCGAACUUGGUUUCGUAAAUAUGUCAAGCCUAUUCUUGUUGCAGGUGCUGUCGAUUACGAAAUUAAAGAAGCUAAAUCACCUGGCCAAAUCGAAACUUCUGUCAUGGAAUAA